AUGAGGUUCGCCAUUGCUACUACCGUCUCUCUUAUGGUAGUCACUAUCUCUGCCACGCCUGUCGAGGUCCGCCAAUCCAACCAAGUUACCUUGGCUCUGUCCAAUGAUCAAUCUGGAGCCUAUGCUGGCGUGACAUUCCAAGCCGAUGACACUGAUAAGAGCAUCUUCUCCCUCUUCAGUGGUACCUCUGUUGGGGCAGGUGGUAAUAUCAAGGCAACCGCCGCCCAGCUCACCAACUUUGCACAGUCUAUCAAUUGUGUCAUCACAAACAACGACGCUAUCAUUGGUACCUUGACUGCUCAGCACACCUAUUUGGACCUUGAUGGAAGUUCCCACGCUGCCAUUCCAAUCAAUCUGAACAACGCUAAAGUUCACUGCCGUGUUUGA